AUGGCGGCUUCAGCUCAGUGCCCCAUAUGUCUGGUGGAAAUGAAAGCCUCAAUUGGAAUGCUAGGUGGAUGUAAACACGUCUUCUGCUACGAUUGCAUCAAGAAGUGGUCUGAAACUAAACGAACCUGUCCUCUUGACCGUUUACCAUUUGACUCAAUCAAAAUACUACACGAAAUUGAUGGUGCAGUUGUGGAAGAGGUUUGUUGA